AUGAUGGAGGGCCCUGCUACGCACGAUAACUCUACAAUGUCGUUGGCCGACGUAACAUUCUCGUCGAUCCCAAAAGUAGAUACCAGCCUUUACAAUCUGUCUUCCGAAGAAGCUGUAUUCUUCAAGGCGCAAACCGGUAUUGAUGAUGAUGAAGACUUGAAGAAGCAUAUCCUGGAGAUUCAGGCGAAAGCAUACGAGGCGAGGGACAACAGCGUGACCAUAUCGACUUACCCUGAGUAUGAACACAUCCUCAAGCUUGGUCGCGAGCGCCCCGAUGCUGUGCUGCUCGACAUUGGCUGUUGUUUUGGUGUUGACGCCAGGAGGGCUGCGGCGGACGGUUUUCCUGCAAAAAACAUCAUUGCGUCGGAUAUCCUCAACGAUUUCCUCGAGCUAAGCCACGAACUUUUCAAAACGACACCAGCUUCCUACCCCGGAUAUCACCUUCCCGGAGAUGUCUUCGAUCCAGGAUUUCUCUCCAUUGCUGCGCUGUCAAAUGACAUACCCCCAGCGCCAGCCAUUGAUCUAUCCUCGCUGAAAUCCCUCAAUCCCCUUCAUGGCCGCAUUAGCGCAAUAAAUGCUACUAGAUUCUUCCAUCUCUUCACGGAGGACAAACAAUUGCAUCUUGCCAAAGCUCUCGCGGGUCUGUUAUCUGCGCAGCCAGGCUCUGUCAUUUGCGGCAAUCAUGUCGGAAAUCUCGAAAAAGGCGUUGUAAUCGCCCAUAUAUUGGGCUCCGAGCAUCGGCUGUUUUCUCAUUCUCCCCAGACAUGGACAUCUUUGUGGGAUGGAGAGGUGUUCGAGAAGGGCACUGUAAAGGUGGAAACGGAGCUGGUGGAGGUUGCGAUACAAGAAGUGCAAUUCCUCGUGAUGAGGUGGUCGGUGAUGAGAUUGUAG